AUGGCUCCCGUCAGACGCAACCCCAAGCGCGUGAAACCGUCGAUGCGCGUGGAACCUGGCACCAAGUCUGUGGAACCAGUCAUCCAGUCGGUCGAAGAGGUCGACGUGCUGGUUCGGUACGACAACAAUCCCGUUUAUCACGAAAAACCAAGUCGCACACGCACACUCGGAGCAAGCACCAAGCCGUUGGGUGAAAUAAACAAGCCAAGCCGCGGCAUCAGAUGGCUUUUGUUCUGCAUCAUCCCAACUGCCUUUGUGUUGGCUGCGUUGGCGAUGUUCAAAGUACACACGUCCGUGUCCAGGUCCAGGUCCAUGUCGCCGUCUUACAUUCCCCCAGGCAUGUGGUCUAUUUCGAUUCUCGCCGUCAUUCAAAGACUACAUGAACUGUUUUGUCCGACUAACAUGUUGCCAGCCUCUCUGACAGAAGCCCGAACCGAACGAAUCUGCGACCUCUACCGGCGACUCUCUGCGCUCAACUCAGCCGUGGAACCGCCGACGCUGCUCGAGUUCCUCGGGCUCGACGAGACGAUGGAAGAGUUCCAAGCCGGAUCCAACAGCUUCUUCCCUACGGGCGAGGGAGCCUAUGAUACUGCCCGGGCGAAGAUCGAGGAGGCUGGUCUACAUCAGAGUUGGAUUGCGACCCAGCGCAACGGCCCUGAAUCGGCAGAAUUCUACCUGGUGCUGGAGACGAUAGGGCUGUUGAUUGAUCCGAUGAUGCGAGCCCAUUACAUCAAGACGGUGAUGCCUCAGAUCAGCGGCCAGGGCCUCUUGCCUACGUCUCGCCGCGCACAGUUGGAGGCGCUCUGCAAGGCAUGGCGCCUCUCGCCCAAGGGACACAUCUCCCUUCGGUCCAACAUCUUCCUCCGGUCCAACAUCUUCCUCCAAUCCAACAUCUUCCUCCACUCCAACAUCUUCCUCCAAUCCAACAUCUUCCUCCCGUACCUCAAUGCCCAAGACGAUGGCAUCUUACCCCUCCGCUUCUACUUCGACUACAGCCGUCCUCUCCAUCCGGCGCCGCUGCACAUCACAUUUCCCAAGGACGGGUCCGUGGUUUCUUCGGAGCGAGAUCCACGCGACGACGGCCGUCGGAUUCGAUUCACCCAAAUCUGUACCGACGCCAUCGACUUGCGGCCGGAAGCCGUCUCGGCUCCUUCAGAAUCGGAGGCGUACUGGAAUAUUACCGUCCCGAUGUUGGUAUUUUUGGUCGGCGUUGGCAUGUUCUUCUUGGUUCUCCUUACCUGGGCCGACUACCUCGCCAAUGGCCAGCUCGUCGUCGUCACUAUGAAUGCGUUGGGACUCGCUCGAUAUAGCACGGCAUCUGGCUGGAACUGGGAGGACUAUCUGUCGGACGAAUACUCCAGCCUCGAUUCGCAAGCUCAGUCUCUCUUUUUCGACGGCGCUCGCAUCCUCAACGACUACGGGAAUAUCGCCCACGUCAUGCUUCUACAGCCUGCUGCUAGUCUCGACGACGACGACGACGAGAGCGUUCCAAUGGACCUUCGCUACGAACGCCUCGACUACGAGGUGGCUGAACCGAUGUUUGAAACGCUGCAGUUGGCGGCUGACGUGCUGGAUUACAUGAAUUCGCGUCUUGGGUCCGAGGGCGACCCUCUCUCGGACGAAAUCUUUUCGACGCACAUCAGGUUUUCUCACGGCUACCAAGAUUUCAAAUUCGAGUACAAGCAAGUUCUGUAUCAGGCCGGAGGCUGGCACGAGAGGGCCCUGUUCGAUCUCGGGACUCUGGGUCACCUCAUCGACCAGAUAUCAGAGUAUGACGACUACCCGGCGUACAAGGUGAUGAAUGCCUUCGAAAAUUCCAUCGUCGACUCCAAUAGGGAGGUUGGCAUGCUAGAGCGUAGCGUUCGGGGCGCCUAUAUCCACGCCGGAAGGAUCAUCAAGAACCUCAACGCCAUGGAAAUGGCUACCAAUGUCUCGAUCCGGUUCGCUCGCGAGAAGCUCGGCGUUGACAUUUCCCUCGAUGAGCCUGGCCGGGAUUUGGUAACAGCUCAUGGCGAGGGUCAAGGAACCCACGACAAGGCGCUCAUCCAGUUAGCCGAGCUCAGAGCCGAGGCGUGGCUGCAGCUACGAAGACAUCAUCACGAGUUUCAAGCCCUCGCCCAACAGACGCGCAGCCUGAUGGACCGCACCCGCAGGCUGGCCUUUGACGUCGCAGUCAGGGCUCAAAAGGUUGGCAACUUGACGGACCUGCUGCAGCAGAGAAACAAUAUGGACUUCGACUGGGAGUUCGAGGUUGGACUGGCCGAGGACGACAGGACAUGCGUAACCUCUCGCGUCUGCGUGCCUUCUCUCAACUCCUUCAAGCCCGUCAUGGAACCCGUCAAACGACGCUUGGAGACGCAGCGUAAUGAAACCCUCCAGCAGCUCGCGCUGAUGGUUAAGCAGAGGAACCUAUACUACACCCAACGACGAAAAGCUGACGAGAAGGAACGAGCGAGUCGGCCUCGGAAGACCGAGAUAUCCUCAGACGCUGACCCAGACGGGGUGGUUUGCCACGAAAAGCGCAAGGCGUGGGAUGACGAUCUCUCGCCCGUGCAAUUCGAGUGCCUCAGCCGUCGGGAGUGGCACGAGCGAAUACACAAGAAUACGUUUGGCCACUGGGACGACGCGAGAAGGAUCAUGGACUUUGCCAAGGGCCUCUUCGGCAUCCUGACCGAGGCUGAUGGCAUCGAGGGUGAGGGUGUGGCUGGUGAAGCUUCUGCUACUCCUGUGCUGGAACUGCCACCAAGUCCAUAG